AUCAAGAUCAUAAAGGGCUAAAGGCUAGUACUACUUUGUUUGAACUCUGAAGUAAGCUUUGUCACAAUUUGGCUUUAUGUUACUGGAUAAACAUCAAUUCAUGUAUUUAUGCCCUUUGGCUCCAUUCUUUAUAUGAUAACUACAUGAAUUGAUGAAAAAUAUUUAAAAAAUAUGCUCUUGUGGUAAUUGAUACAGAAGUCUCCCCUAGCCGACUCUCAUACAAAUAAUUUAGCAGUAGUACAUAAGGUAUUGAUUGAUUUGCUUCUACAUAUUUGUAUUUUUAAAAAACAAAUAGUCUUUCCUGGUAAUGUUAGUCUUGCCUAUGAUACUUUGUUUAUUCUAGUAGUUCUGAUUUGGUGACUUUGAGUGCAACUUUGCAAGUAACGAGGAUAUAUAACCUUUAGUUUCAAAGGGUUGGGUUUAGUUUAUUAGAAACCAUGCAGAGAAUCACACCGGCCUGUAUCGGUAGUUACAUCCUUCACAGUAUGGUAAUGAAGAGAUUAGCUCACAGCUAUUCACAGUAUGCUUCUGAAUGUUGCAUUAAUAAAAUAGUACACUGUUUACUUGUUUAUUACAGAGUGGCUUAGAGAACAGCUAUUUUAAUUGAAUUUUACAGUAUUUGUUCUGUGUUCAUAUUUGAAACGUUUGCUCGUUCGAAAUUGGCUAAACUCAAUACUUAAUGGAUAGUUGCAUUAUUUCACUUCUUUAAUAGUUUUGUAUAGGGACAAUGGGGAACACAUAGGGCUUCGAAAGAGUUUUGGCAUCUAUUGCUUAACUUGUAUACACCCUUACCUAAAUUGCAGAGAGCAUUGAGCAAGAGGCCAAAACUGAAUAGGAAAGUAUUUUGAGAAAUAGGUGGGUACUCCUAGGUGAUGUGCCUUGCCUUGCCUCCCUCCUAUCAUAUGAGGAUCCGCAUGUCUAUGGGUCUUACUUUAUACGAGAGAGGCAGAUAAGUGUCCCAAAAUAACACCUCACAGAAUGGAGUGCGUGGUACAUAUUUCUUGGGGAAUGAACCAAACACGCACGCAACAACACAGCGAAGAAUCAAUCAGCAAAAUAGAGAAAGCAUGACACAGAUUUAUAUGGUUUGGCAAGAAUGUCUGCGUCCACAGCUCACACUACAUCUCACUACAUGUUCUUGAAUAAGCAUAACGAUGGCAGCUAGGGUUAGCAACAUUAUAUGCUGUUAGGAUAUUGUCUGUUAUAUUUGUUAGUGAGCCCUUAAAAAGAGGACCGACGACAAACUUUAAGCCCCUCUCUCUGUAUAUAUAUGUACAGCCUUUAAGCUCUCUCAUUCACAUCCAGUCCAUCUCUCUUCCAAAGGCAUGGCAAAACUUGGCCUUUAUCUGCUGCUACUAUUUUCUUCCCACAUGAUCGCAUCCACCAUUUCACAAUCCACCACUGACCCAGAUCCUGCUGCUUCCACCAACGAAUUCAUAGAAUCCUCAUGCCAAGCCACCCUCUACCCCACCCUGUGCUUCCAAUGCCUCUCCUGUUAUGCCACUACAAUCCAAAAAAGUCCGGGAAAACUCGCUCAAGCUGCCUUGUCCGUGAGCCUAGACAGGGCUCAGUCCACCUCAGACUACGUCUCAACAAUGAUGAGUGUCUCGGGUCUCCCUUCCAGAGAGUUCCAGGCCAUCAAAGGCUGCAUCGCGACCAUUGGUGAUUCUACUAGCUUGCUCAAUAACUCGAUCCAUGAGCUCGACCAGAUCGGCCGGCCCACGGACCAGGACUUCAUGUUGCACGUGAGUGACAUACAGACGUGGGUUAGUGCCGCCCUAACCAACUUAAACACAUGCGUCGAUGGGUUUUCGAGCAAGAACACAAAUGGAGAUGUGGAGGCUGCUAUUAAGAGCAGAGUCACAGAUGCUACGCAAGUCACUAGUAAUGCGCUCGCGUUAGUGAACCGGUUUGUAGCACCACACAAUGCUCCUGCUAAGGGUAAUUAAUCACCUGCCUUCAGGUUGUUUUUUUACUGAGGCUACCAAAUGUGUUUAGACAGUGUCGUAAAAACGGUUCAAGCUCUUCUGGUUUUAGUUUCUGUAAAUGUUACACAUUAUGUUUAACUAAGGUCUGUACCUACUUUCGGGUUCUCUUGGACCAUGUCUUGUUUAAUUCUCUCUCUCUCUCUCUCUCUCUCUCUCUCUCUCUCCAUAAAGACCAAGCUGACGCAACAAAACGGAGAACAGAUACGGCAUGAAGCAACAUUACAA